UUGCAGCUUGCUACCGGGGUAACGGAGUUUUGAGGUUGUACGGAAUGUUGCCGGUGUAGCAGGAACUCCCGCCAUUUUUCAAUAAGCUAUAAACCCUGUUGUUUGUUUAUGUAAUCAGCACGUCCUUCAAAACAGUAUCUACGCGGUCUAUAGUCGCUGCGGAAAGGGGAUUGGUACGUCGCUUUGGCCUGGAGAAUCGACAGCAACACGGACCUGAGCGGCAUAAGAAAGCCCGCCAUACCAGCUCUGACGGGCCGCCUUUCGCGCUUCCAUCCCCGGCACUCAGGAGGAGCUUCCGUUCACUUCUUACGCUCUUUUCAACCAUCUCACCAUGACCCCACCGGCCGCCCCAAACCAACGGAUUUCACACAGGAGAUGUAACUGACCAGUAAAGCCGUAGUUUGGUUUUGUUUCGUUUUCACGCGCUUUGUAAAAAGUAACUUAAGUAAAGCAGCGCGCGCUAGCCUAGCCCCCAUGCUACGCCGCUGAGACGCGCGGAUUUCACUCCAUAUUCAGUUUAAGCUGAGAUUGAGCGGUGGGUUAGUUAAGUAGUUCACAUUGCCGACACAUCCAGGACCGUAGCAGUCCGCACGCGAUGGCGCCGUUGCUAGGCCGGAAGCCGUACCCGCUGGUGAAGCCGCUGUCGGAGCCGCCGGGCCCAGGAGAGGAGGUGUACAUCAUCGAGCACUCUAAAGAGGCCUUCAGGAACAAAGAAGAGUAUGAAGCUCGACUGCGCAGGUAUGGAGAGCGGAUAUGGACGUGCAAAAGCACUGGCAGCAGCCAGCUUACACAUAAGGAGGCUUGGGAAGAGGAGCAGGAGGUCACUGAGCUGCUUCAGGAGGAGUAUCCGGUGUGGUUUGAGAAGCCUGUUCUGGAGAUUGUGCACCAUAACACAGUAUCUCUUGAUAAGCUAGUGGAUCUGGUCUGGGUGGAGAUUCUCACCAAGUAUGCUGUGGGCGAGGAGUGUGACUUCUUGGUUGGCAAUGAUAAGACUUUGCCUGUGAAAGUGGUAAAGCUUCAUCCGCUGGAGAAUCCUCCGGAAGAAAAUGUGGAGAAAAAGGUGGAAGGAGCUUGUGAUUCUCCAUCCAGUGAUAAAGAGAACGCCAGUCAGGAGAACCUGAAGAAGGAGCCACAGUCCAAAGAGGAGGAGAGCAGGAGAGAGAGUCUCUCGGAUAGGGCCCGUCGCUCACCCAGAAAACUCCCAACCAGUAUGAAAGAAGAAAAGAAGAAAUGGGUCAUGCCCAAAUUUCUGCCCCACAAGUACGACGUCAAACUUCUUAAUGAGGACAAAGUAAUCAGUGACGUUCCCGUAGACAGCCUGUUCAGAACGGAGCGGCCUCCCAACAAAGAAAUCAUGCGCUACUUCAUCAGACACUACGCUCUGAGGUUGGGGUCGGGAGAGAGCGCCCCCUGGGUGGUGGAGGAUGAGUUAGUGAAAAAAUUCAACCUGCCAAGCAAAUUCAGUGACUUUUUACUGGACCCUCACAAGUUUUUGGCAGAAAAUCCUUCAACUAAGAGGAAAAGCAUGAGCUCACCCGAAGGUAAACCCAAUAAGAAGCUGAAGACUGGAGAGACGGGAACAGACAGUGAGGGAGUAAAUGUAAAAGGGGAAAAGAAGAAAAAGAAAAAAGACUCCCAGAACAUACCUCUCAGUCCAACCCUCUGGAGUCAUAUGCAGGUGAAGAAAGUUAAUGGAUCACCUUUAAAAAUGAAAAACUCAGGUACUUCCAAGAAGUCUGAUGGGGAAAACAUCCUCGGCACCCCAAAAUCGAACAAAAAAUCCACUGACCCCAAAAAGAGCCGCAAGAGUGGAGUCACCAAGACUCCCAGUGGCCAGAAGCUCUCCAAAAAGGAGGACAAAAUCACCAAGAAACCCAAAAUGAAGCAGAUGACCCUUUUGGAUCUUGCUAAAAGUCCACCUGCUCCAGCUAGCCCAAAAAAGCGAGGGCGAAGUUUAAGCACUGGCUCCACUAAGCUGGGCAAACCUUUUCCGCCUAUGGCCUUGCAUCUCCUUCGGUUUUACAAGGAGAAUAAAGGCAAAGAAGACAAGAAGGCCGCUCUGUCCACACUGGUGUCUAAGGCAGCAAAAACGCUGUCCGCAGAGGAUCGCGGGCGACUUCCCGAGGAGCUGAAAGAGCUGGUGCAGAAGCGCUGGGAACUUCUUGAGCAAAAACGCAGAUGGGCCCUCAUGACCGAGGAGGAGAAACAGGAUGUUCUGCGUCAGAAGCGUCAGGAAGUCAAGAAGAAGCUGCGUGAGAAAGCUAAAGAGCGAAGAGAGAAGGAGAUGCAGAUGAGGCGGGAGAUGUCGCGCCGUUACGAAGACCAGGAACUCGAAGGCAAAUGCUUGCCAACAUUCCGUUUGUUCGACAUGCCCGAGGGGCUUCCCAACGCCCUCUUUGGUGACAUAGCCAUGGUAGUGGAGUUCCUUCAGUGCUACUCUGGCCUCCUGAUGCCAGAUGACCAGUAUCCCGUCACCUCCAUCGCUCUGAUGGAGGCUUUAGCUGGAGACAAGGCGGGUUUCCUCUACUUGAACCGUGUGCUGUUGGUUCUGCUGCAAACGCUUCUGCAAGAUGAGCUGGCCGAAGGUUACAGUGAACUGGACAUGCCGUUAUCCGAGAUUCCUCUGACCAUGCACUCCGUAUCCGAGCUGGUGCGCCUGUGUUUGCGGCCAACGGAUGCACACGAGGAAGAGAGUGCCCGUGGCUCAGAUGGCUGGCAGCCUGGUGGGGGCUAUGAUGACGUGGUGAGCAGCGAGUUUUUGGAAAAGCUUGAGACAUCGGAAGUGUUUGAACUGACCCCUCAGGAGAAGGUCAGCCUGCUGGUGGCGCUGUCUCAUCGUAUCCUCAUGACCUAUUCGGUGGAGGAUCACGUGGAAGCCAUGCAGCAGCGAUCAGCCGAGCUGUGGAAGGAGCGGCUCGCCACGCUCAAAGAAGUCAAUGAACGUAAGAGGGCGGAGAAGCAGAAACGGAAAGAGCAGAUGGAGGCAAAAACCGAUGGUAGUGGUGAUGUUCUCUUGAGGGCAGAUGGGAGGAAAGAUUCAAACGUGAAAAAAGAGGCACUUAAGGUCCCUGCCAAAGUGGAAGCAGAGCCGGAGGACAUGAUCAGCACUGUGAAAAGCAGACGCUUGAUGUCCAUUCAGGCCAAGAAAGAAAAGGAAGAACAGGAACGGCAAAACAAAGAGCGUAUGGAGAAAGAAGCAGAGGAGGAGCGCAUAAGGAGGCAGAAAGCUGCAGCAGAGAAAGCCUUCCAGGAUGCUGUCACUAAAGCCAAGCUGGCGUUGAGGAAAACACCGCUGGGCACUGACCGCAAUCACAACCGGUAUUGGCUGUUCUCCGAUGUGGUUCCUGGGCUGUAUAUUGAAAAGGGAUGGGUUCAUGAGAGUAUAGACUACACGUUCACUCUUCCUCCUGAAGAGGAGCCGGUGUUGACAGAGGAAGAUGAAGAGAUAAAGAAAGAGGAGGAGAUAAAGAAAGAGGAGGAGACAGAAGAUGGAGAGAAAGAGGAUGAGGGCAGCAUAGUCAGCACUUCUAAUGAAAAUGGCCAGCAGGUGGCACCAGUGCCAGAGACUUGUAUUGAGACCACUGUGCCCAAACAAGGCCAAAACCUCUGGUUUGUGUGUGAUGCACCAAAAGACCUCGAUGAACUAAUAGAGAGUCUUCACUCUCAGGGAGUAAGAGAGAGUGAACUCAAACUCAGGCUGCAGGUCAAUUACCAGGAAAUCUUGCAUUCCAUCCAUCUGACAAAAAAAGGUAACCCAGGCCUUAAGACCUGCGACGGAUACCAGGAGCUGCUUAAAUUCUUGCGCACUGACAUUAUCGAGGUAGCCUCUCGUCUGCAGAAAGGAGGCCUGGGAUACAUGGAGGACACGUCUGAGUUUGAGGAGAGGGUGCAGACCUUGGAGAAACUGCAGGAUUUUGGCGAGUGUGUGAUCACCCUGCAAGAGAGCGUGAUCAAGAAGUUUCUGCAGGGCUUCAUGGCGCCCAAACAGAAGAAGAAAAAGAAGACUGCGGGAGAGGAGAGUACGACGGCAGAAGAGGUGGACGAUCAGAAGAGACUGGCUGAAGAGGCCAGGGUAGCCACGGCGGUGGAGAAGUGGAAAACUGCCGUCCGUGAAGCUCAGACUUUUUCUCGCAUGCACGCGCUGCUCGGCAUGCUGGACGCCUGCAUCAAGUGGGACAUGUCUGCAGAGAACGCUCGCUGUAAAGUGUGCCGCAGGAAAGGAGAGGAUGAUAAGUUGAUUCUGUGUGAUGAGUGUAAUAAAGCCUUCCACCUGUUCUGUCUGCGGCCGGCUCUGUACCGUAUACCGGCGGGUGAAUGGCUCUGCCCAGCCUGUCAGCCAACCACUGCCCGACGCAGCUCCAGGGGCAGAAAUUAUAAUGAGGACACUGAGGAAGAGGAGGAUUCAGAGGAGGAAGAUGAAGAAGAGUCUGAAGAGGAAGAAUCGGAAGAAGAAUACAGGGAUACAGGCCACAGCUUAAGACCGAGGAAAAAGAUGAAGACAUCUUUGAAGCCUAAAGUGCAGAGUAAACAACCACAGAAGAAGCAUUCGCCUCCUAGUUCCAGACCCGCUUCCAAGCCAGAUCCCAAACCUGCUCUCAGAUCUGCUGCUAAAUCAGAUCCCAAACCUGCUCUCAGAUCUGUUUCCAAACCAGAUCCCAAACCUUCUCCCAAACAAGAUCCUAAACCUCCCAAACCUGCUCCCAAACAAGAUCCUAAACCUUCUUCCAAACCUGCUUCCAAACAGUCACCUAAAUCACGGCCCGCACCGAGCCACCCUGCUGACAUCGACGAGCUGAUCCGACAGAGCUCUAAGCCUCUAUUAAAGAAAAAAGCUGUUGAGCUGGAGAAAUGUGAGGAGAUCCUUCAGAAGCUCAUGAAAUACCGAUACAGCUGGCCCUUCAGGGAACCUGUAUCCGCUGAAGAGGCAGAGGAUUAUCAGGACAUCAUCAGCACCCCAAUGGACUUCGCCUCCAUGCAGGACAAGUUCAAAUCCUCUCAGUACCACAGCGCCAGCGAUUUCCUCGAGGACAUUAAGCUCAUCUUCUCAAACGCAGAGGAGUACAACCAGCCCAACAGCAACGUCCUGACCUGCAUGACACGCACAGAGCAGGCGUUCGUCGAGCUCCUGCAGAAGAGCCUCCCUGGGGUCGGAUAUCUGCGCCGGCGAACGCGCAAACGCCCCGCCACUCCCUCCGAAGAGGAGGACGACGAAGAAGAGGUGGAGGGAAGGAGGAAGAUCCAGAACGGGAAGCAAAGAGCCACAUCCAGACAGAAGGAAGAUGACGAGGAAGUCUCGGGACGAAGGAAGGCCAGACAGAGCGGCAGACAACGGAACCAAGCUGACAGCGAAAGCGAGGAUGAUGACGAUGAUGAGGAGGUGGCUGUGAGAAGGAAGAGCAAGCGGUCGAGUCGGAAAGACUAUCGAGAGCAGGAAAGCGACAAUGAGAGGGACAGCAGGAGAGCUGGAUCGAGACGGACACCACGAGGUGUGACGGAAGACAAGGACGAGGCCAGCAGCGACGAGGACUCGGGCGGCCAGCGACAUUCCAAGAGGCUCAAGCGCUCAUGAAGACCAGGGUGCUUUGUGUUCUUUGUAUUCGUUUUCGUACCCCCUCCUUAUUAAUCCGAAGGCAAAACAGGCCACCCCGUACCCGCUGCAUAUCGGACAGAACCCUUUUUCACCCCGAUGUAGAUGUUUCUGUUUAUUUUACUUUUUGGAAGUUUUUAUGUUAAUAUUGGAGAAAACUGAUUUAUAUUUGUAAGUUGAUUAAUAAUGGUGACGCUUGUUUGUUUUUUUUCAACCUGAGGAUUUGCAUUGAAAAUGAGAUGUCAUCUCUUUGAGCUCUUAAGACUUUUUUUUUUUUUCAUUUGAUAUUUGACCUAAAAAAAUUGAAAGUUAAAAAAAGAAACCCCCUACGUCCCCAAAAAAUUGUAAUCGCAAAUACCACCAAGCCAUGUCUCGUUUUGAUGACUUAGGAGGUUCCUCUGCAGAAGCUGACCUGUAAAUGUUAUAAAAGUGGUCCAGAAUGAAACUCGUAGAUCCUUUUGCGUAGACCUUCAUGCAGACUUUCAAAUUAAUUAUCUGGUGACCGUCCAGAACUAGGCUCUUUCAAUGAAACUGACCUUGUGUGUUUUCUGUGUCUCAUGAGAGCUGUUUAAUUGGCACUAAACCCCCAUGGUGGUUUGACGUUGAUCUAAAAGUCUUUAUUUUUUGAGUGUGCCACCAAUUGUUAAUUUUCUUUAGUCAUUUAUUAUUUUGGUUGUUUUACAAUAAAAAAAAACUGUCAUCCUUAA